AUGUCCACUCGUGUAUACGUCGGUAAGCUUCCCGCUGACGUCCGUCGCGGCGACAUCGAGGACCUCUUCCGCGACUAUGGCCGCCUCUACGAUGUCCGCAUCAUGGGCACAUUUGGCUUUGUCGAGUUCGAGCAUCAUCGUGAUGCUGAGGAUGCCGUCAAGGAUUUUGAUGGUAAGAACUUCAUGGGCGAGCGCAUCGUAGUCCAGCACGCCAAGCAGAGCGAGCGCCGUCGUCCUGAGCCUGCUGGCUACGGCUCUGACCCUUACGACCGCCGCGGUGGUGGUGGAAGAGAACCUCCUUCUCGCUACGGCUCCUCUGUCGCCCCUCCUCCUCGCCGUGAGCCUCGCCUCCGUCGUGGCCAGUUCCGCUGCAUCGUCUCCAACCUUCCUCCCAACACCAGCUGGCAGGACCUCAAGGAUAUUGGUCGCGAGCACGGUUCCGUCUCGUUCGCCGAUGUUGAUGCCGCUCGUCCUGACGAGGGUGUCAUCGAGUAUGACAACCGUGACGACUACGAGCGUGCCCUUGACAAGAUCGAGGGCACCGAGCUUCGUGGUUUCAAGCUUCGCAUCGACCCUGCUCGCCCUCCCCGUGAUGACCGUGACCGAAGCCCUCCCCGCCGUCGCGAUGACAGCCCUCCUCCUCGUCGACGUGAUGACAGCCGUGAUCGCGAGGACAGCCGCGAGCCUGUUCCCGAGCGCAACGGUCGAUUCGACCGGGACAGCCGAAGCCCUCUCCCUCCUCGUGACGAUGACGAUGUUCCCCGUCCCCGAGAUGACUAA